GUUGUCACUCUCCCUGGAGCAAGGCUGGGAUCAGUGAUGCCCCCCAAGAGCUCAGGGAGAUGCUGCUGCUGGGCUUCUGUUACCUCUGCACAAUCCCUUUUGGAUUCCUGAGUGCUGUAGCUGCUCCUGCUGAUAAUUUGGUGUUAAUUACCGUUAAUUUCCCCCCAGAACUUCCAUACAACGACUACUUUGAGUACUUUGGGCCAGACUUCAAGCUCCACAUCAGCCCCUCCAACAUGACCAACCAGAACACCAACGAAUACCUGGAGAAAAUCAAGCAGAGGCUCUUUGAGAACCUGAGGAUGCUCCCUCACGCUCCCGGGGUCCAGAUGCAGCCAAUUCCUGAGGAUGCUGUGCAGGAGGACAGCGGGGAUGAGGAGGAGGAUGAUCCUGAAAAACGCAUUUCCAUCCGAAAUUCCAACAAGAGAAUCUCCUGUGACGAGGAAUUCUCCGACUCCGAGGACGAGGGGGAGGGAGGGCGCAAGAACGUCGCCAACUUCAAGAAAGCCAAACGUGUGAAGGCAGAGGAGGAGAAGGAGGAAGAGGAGAAGAAAG